AUGGACAAAACAUCUCCCCGGUUCGACAACAACCGAUUAGCACUCAAUUCCAGCUCCAACGGCAAUGCUACCAACCAUUACCCCGCGGAAUGUUCAGCCAGAGCAGCCACCGUCAUUUCCGAAGCCGAAGAGGAGGAGGACGUUGAAGUAACCGCUACCAAUGUUUCCGGUGAGUGCCAUCCUCGUCCGGACUUCAAACCCAUCAACGAACAACCGGAAGAAAUCGAAGUGAAAACCGGUCAGGAAGACGAAGAACAAAUCAAGCCGACAGAUUAUCUUCGUCGACGGCCUGAGGUGGAAACGCUGAAGGACGUGGCAAGUGACACUCAGGAGGUAAAGAAGCGGAAAGAAGUCGAGCGAGAAAAGCGAGCAAAACUCGAUCGGAAAUUGGAAGUUUGCAGCAACACUUUUUGCAGUUCGAUAAACUUGUCCGAGAGUAUCGUGCAACAUUCCUUGGUUCAAAGGUUUGGAGAGGUUCCGUAUUGUGAUGUUUUCCAGUAUCCGGAGGAAGAAAAGUCAUGCGAUAAUUCAGCUGAGAGUUACGUGCAAUCGGUUGAUAACGAUGAUAAAGUCGGAGAGACGGAUGAUGAGUUCAGAAGUUUGAGCACCGGAAGUGAAGAUGCACCUGUUGAACCGGAGAAUGAAGCGAGCAGUGCUCGUCAAGGUGAACCACGACAACAACGCCAGCGAACCUUGCCGAAGUGGCAUGAUGACUACGAG